AGGUUCUGCAGGCAGCAGGGAUGGCCGAGUACAGCACCCUUCUGGAGGAGCUGGCAGAGAACAUCACCCUGGAGGAUCUAGACCAGCUGAAGUCGGCCUGCAAGGAGGACAUCCCCAGUGAGAAGCACGAGGAGAUCACCACCAGCCAGGACUGGUUCAGCUUCCUCGAGAAGCACAAGAAAUUGGACAAAGACAACCUCUCCUACAUAGAGCACAUCUUUGAGAUCUCCCGCCGCCCCGACCUGCUGACCAUGGUGGUGGAGUAUCGCACCCAAGUGCUGAAGAUCUCGGAGGAGGACGAAGUGGACACCAAGCUGACCCGCAUCCCCAGCGCCAAGAAGUACAAAGACAUCAUCCGGCAGCCCUCAGAAGAAGAGAUCAUCAAAUUGGCUCCCCCACCCAAAAAAGCUUAGAGGAG